AAUCGGUCGAGACUCUUUCAAAGACUUUUCAUAUCUCGCAGUAGUUUGCCGCAUGGCGACAUCGUCUAGUUAUACCUACUAGGUAGAUAUCCUAUUUCCUAGGAGUUUUCCGUGGGAUAUAAUCAAUAUGAAUAUUAUCUUAUUUCCUCCGUGAUGUUCUUAUCUCUUUUUGUAUAAUCAAUUGCAUUGUUCCUCCGGUCUGAAUACUUGACGAAGAGCAAAGAGGGAAUCACAUAUGUUGUGCGCCGGAACAAGGCAUUGAUCAACCAUGACGAGUUACGUAUCUAUGCUAACGGCAACGGAUGCCCGGUCUCAUAUUCACUUGAUAAUCGGCUCGAACCCCCUCGCGGCAGCACGAUGUGGACAAUCGUUGAGCGCCGGAGCUUCUCCCAUCUUACUAGUGUCAGAAACGGCAGAGCUACAUUAUGCGCUGCAGAAGCGCAUAGACGACGGCGAAGUAAAAUGGGUGAAAGAGACCUUCAGAGACGAACAUCUCUUUACUCUCGGAAGAGAGGAGAUAGACCACGUAGUUGAUGCCGUGUUUGUGACCUCGGCUAGAGAACCAUCGAGCGCUCACAUAUCGACACUUUGUAAACGAAACCGCAUCCCCGUAAACGUCGUCGACGCGCCACAACUCUGCACCUUCUCCCUCCUAUCCACACACGUAGACGGCCCCUUACAAAUCGGCAUAACGACAAACGGGCGCGGAUGCAAGCUAGCAUCGAGGAUCCGCCGCGAAGUCGCCGCCUCCCUACCACCGAACCUAGGAUCCGCAUGUCUACGCCUCGGCGACGUGCGACGCAAGAUACAAGAAGAAGACCACCUCCUACACAUGGCCCUAGCUGACGGCGACGACAUCGACGACUCAAUCGACCAACUAUCCACCUUCAACAAACUAGUCACAGAAGCCGACCUCGACGCCGCGAAGAACAGACGCAUGCGCUGGCUGAGCCAAAUCUGCGAAUACUGGCCACUAAAGCGUCUAGCCGCAAUAACCGACGCCGACGUCUCCAACAUCCUGCAAUCCUACACCGACCUCCCCUCCCUCCCCCCAUCCCUCAACCCUAAUUCCAAUUCCAAUGCCCACAGUAACACACCCCAAAAACGCGGCCGCAUAAUCCUAGCCGGCUCCGGCCCGGGCCACCCAGACCUGCUCACCCGCGCAACCCUCAAAGCCAUCCGCGCCGCGGACCUGAUCCUCGCAGACAAGCUCGUGCCGCAGGGGGUCCUGGACCUGAUCCCCCGCCGCACUCCCGUGCGCAUCGCGCGCAAGUUCCCGGGUAAUGCGGACGCGGCGCAAGCUGAAUUGCACGAACUCGCGGUCGCGGCUGCGAGGGAGGGGAAGACGGUUUUGAGGCUGAAGCAGGGGGAUCCUUAUGUUUAUGGGCGGGGCGGGGAGGAGGUGGAGUUUUUUAGGGGACAGGGGUUUGGGUUAGCUAGAGGAGGGGUUGAGAAUGGGGAGGGGGAUGUGGUGGUUUUGCCGGGUGUCACGAGUGCGUUGAGCGCGCCGCUUUUUGCGGGGAUUCCGGCUACGCAGAGGGAUGUUGCGGAUCAGGUGCUCAUCUGUACCGGGACCGGGAAGAAGGGGAAGGCGCCGGUGCCGCCGGAGUUUGUUGCCUCGCGGACGGUGGUUUUCCUGAUGGCGCUGCAUCGGGUUGCGGGGUUGGUGGGGGAGUUGACGGAGUUUUUGGAUUCGGAGGUAGAAAAGGGGGAGGGGAAGAGGCGUGCGUUGUGGCCGAGGAAUACACCUUGUGCUGUUAUUGAGAGGGCCAGUUGUCCGGAUCAGAGGGUCAUCAGGACGACGCUGGAUAAAGUCGUCGAGGCUGUUGAGCAGGAGGGGAGUAGGCCUCCCGGACUGCUGGUUGUCGGCGCGGCGUGCGAGUUCUUGAAUAAACUUCAAAAGGGCCAAGCUUGGACUGUUGAGGAGGGGUUUAGGGGGUUGGAUUUCAUUGGUGAUGAGUUGGAUUUGGGUGCGUAGGUUGGCUGUGGGAAGAAGUGAUCAUAUAAAAAGUGUUGGGUAGGACAGGGAGGGAAAGACGCAUGUAUGAAUGGUUGCAUUGGCAUUUAGCAUUGGGGUGGCGUUUGAGAUAUCUGACCUGAAUAAGGCACGAUUUAUAUAGGUAUGAUUUGUAUAUCAAUAUGAUUUCUUACAUGUUGGAAACGGC